GACGAAUUAAAUAAGGAAAUAACUGCAGUUUAUAACUCUUCGAUAUUUAUUUGAAAAAAAAAGAAAAAGAAAAGGAAUAAGAAAAGUGAUCUCCGAGAUAGUUUCAUUUUAUACAUACUUGACACAUAGUGUAACUCCAUUGUGACUCUGUUUUCGUCUAAGAGAAAAAAAAAAAGUUAAUCCGCUUAUGGCCGAGCGUUCAGUAAGACUUCUUUAAUUCGAUUACGUAUAAUAGUAUCAACAAAGGUUGGAAAUAACGGCGACGGCUUUCUGUAGUCUGAUCUGAACCGCCGUUAGAAAUGCUGCUUUCAAAAUCUAUCUUCUUUUGAGUUCAUCUUACAAUGAUUUCAUAAACUUUCAGGUUUUUUUAAGUUCUUUAGUAAUUUACGCUUAAGAUCGACACGAUAAGUCUUAAAGAAAGGAAGGACUGUUCCUAAAACGCUUCUCGCCAUGGAAGAGUCGAGUGACAAGCAAGAAGAACAUACGGAAGAGUGCACGUUGAAAUCGAAAACGGAAGAAGAAAACGAACCACCUUUAGAUAAUUCUGUAGAUCAUUCGGAAAGAAGUGGCAAGGAGGAAAAACCGGUGGAGCAUUUAGAAAAGAGAAGAACAUUGUCGUUGAAUCAAGAUGAACAUUUAAGCCCCUCGAAGACGAAAGUGAAGCGUAAAUUGAGAUCGACCCGUAGGAAACUGAACGCGAUGAUUCACAACUCGUCGUUGCACUUUUCCGAUACCGAUUCCGAGGGAGAAUUGACGACGAUUAAUUACCAAGGUAGAUCGUUAAAUUGUACGGUAGAAGAUCCACAAAGACCUACGAUAUCUGUAACGUUAGAUAAUGUGGAUGGUAAGGAGGAACAAGAGGAACAAGGAAAUUAUUUAUCGGCCGAUGGUAAAGAAGAGUCUAGACGAAACAGUUUCGUCGAAAACUUAACCGACGUCGACGAAAUUUAUCCGAGUGACCCGGAGAGCGAGCAAAAAGAAAGUCAAAAUGUUUUAAAGGUUCCUGAAAGUCCUUGUCAAGGUGAAACGGACUUCGAAGACGUCGAAGACGAGGAGGAAAUAAACUCUCCGAUCUACUUGAAACCUAGAUCAGAUAUAUUUUGCGAGUACAGCGGAGAAACGAUAACGACUAAAGAAGGCGACGGGCCAUUUUCCGUGGAAGUUCGAAAUAAAAUGUAUAAAGACGAUAUUUCUCGAAGCGAGUCGUGUUGCGCUAUGCCAGACAUAGUGGUUCUGUCCAACACCGACGAAGAAGACAUGGAAGUAUCUGACGACGAGGACGUACAAGAAGCUUGUUGUAGUCAGAAAGAAUUAUUCGAGGAUCUAGAAGCUCUCGCGGGAUCGCAAGUUUUCAUGAAAAAUAUUAAUAAAAUGGAUACCUUGUUAUACGUAAAAGAUACUAGCGACGAUGUAAUUAGCGAUUGUCAUACCGAUAUCGAAGACGUUGAUCCAAACGAAUAAAAUAAUUUAAAGCAAAUACACGGUAAGGAUAUAAAUUUACAAAAGUACAAAUUCUUUAGGUAUGAGAAUAUUUAUUAGCUUUUGCUUGUCCAAGCACAUACUGGAUAUUGGGUAUUAUAUCUUACUAUAUUUAUAUAACAAAGUUAUUUAAAUUAUCUAACAAAUAUUUCCUUGCUUUGAAAGAAAUAAUAGUUAAAAAAAUAUGUGUCCUAUUUUUAUCUAACAUUAUAUGGAAUAUAGAUAUUCCAUAAAUAGGAAUUGAGUGAAGAAAUUCGAAUAUUAACGAUUUAAAAAAUGAACAAAUCUUCGUUUUACUGUUACCGCUUAGUAUUAACUUACUUGUCUAUACUUAUAAUUGCAGACAGAACUGCCGUCCUCGACCUUAUCAUACACAACCGUAUGGGAUAUUAAUUUUAAGUGUCGAAGAAUAUCUAAAAAAAAAAAGAAGUAAAAGCAAUUAUAAUUCUAACAGAGUUCAGAGUUUAUUGUAUAUUGGAUAUAUAUAUCUCUAUAUAUAUACACACACAUAUACACACUAUUGCAUGUUACACAUUAGAGAGAUUAAUAGUAUUAUUUUUUGAGAGUGUAUUUAUUUUUAGACAAAAUUAUAUAUGUAUGUACAGUAUCGGAGUUUAUCGUACGUUACUUCGUUAAUAUUUUGAAAAAAAAAAAAAGAAAAGAUUAUAAAAUGAUCUAAAAGUGUGUUAAUGCAUAUCGCUUGCCAAAGUUUGAUCGCUUAUAUCCUUUGAAAUUAUAAAUACUAUAUACAUAUAACAUAUACAUAUAUAAAAGAAAAAUGUAUUUUCCGUCUAAGGUGUAAUCGAUGAAUAAAAAGUAAUGUGAGCAUGA